CAGAUCUAUUUUUAUGUGUUUUGGAACAGCGGUGAUCCAACCAGUGCGCUGUGACUGUAAUGUUGAAACAAGGCGGGGCUGACCCUUCCUGUCUCAUUCUGGACGGACCACCAGUAGGAUAACACGGACCGUGGAGAGUGCUGCUGCUGCUGCUGCUGCUGCUGUUGUUUCAGGACAUUAGAGAUCCAGGGAUGAAUUCUGCCGAACAGACGGUAACGUGGCUCAUCACGCUGGGGGUCCUGGAGUCUCCCAAGAAAAGCAUCUCGGAUCCAGAAGCUUUCCUCCAGACCUCUCUGCAGGAUGGAGCGGUGCUGUGCAGGCUGCUGGAGCGACUCAGACCCGGGACGGUGGACAAAUUUUUCCAGGAACCGAGGGGCGAGAGCGAGUGUCAGAGGAACAUUACCGAGUUUAUUAAAGGCUGCGGGGCUUUCGGUGUGGAGCCUUUUGAGGUCAAUGACCUCCUGCAGGGGUUGAACUUCUCCAAGGUCCUAAACUCCUUAGUUGCCCUCAACAAAGCCACUGAAGAUUUAGGCGUUUCUGAAGACAGUGUGUGUGUGCCCCACUCCUCCCACUUGAGGAUCAAGUCAUUUGACUCUCUGAACACUCAGAAUCGCUCUUCUAAAGUGCUGCAGCCUCAGUACCGCAGCCUGGACAUGUCAGAGGGCAGCGGGAGUGGCCACGUGCUGUUCAAGGCGCGCUUUGCUUUCCAGAAGACCAAUGAGGACGAACUCUCUUUCUCCAAGGGCGACAUCAUCAGCGUGAGCCGGCAGGAGGAGGGGGGCUGGUGGGAAGGCUCCAUAAACGGCAACUCUGGGUGGUUCCCCAGUAACUACGUGCGGGAGCUGAAAGGAGGCGACAAGACGUCAGACAAGUCAAAGUCUGGGACCCUGAAAAGCCCCCCCAAAGGUUUCGACACCACCAUCAUCAGUAAGACCUACUACAACGUGGUCCUGCAAAACAUCCUGGAAGCAGAGAAUGAAUAUUCGAGAGAGCUGCAGAGUCUCCUGGGCACAUACCUGCGCUCCCUUCACCCCACAGACAAACUCAACAGCAUUGACAUCAGUCACAUUCAGGGAAAUCUGGAGGAGAUCUCAACCUUCCAGCAGAUGUUGGUUCAGUCCUUGGAGGAGCACACAAAACUCCCAGAGAACCAGCAGAGGAUCGGAGGGUUCUUCUUGAAUCUGAUGCCCCAGAUCAGGAUCAUCUAUGUGGCUUACUGCUCCAACCACCCGUCUGCUGUCAAUGUGCUCACUCAACACAGUGAGGAACUGGGGGAGUACAUGGAGUCAAAGGGGGCGUCCACUCCUGGGAUCCUGACUCUGACCACCAGUCUGAGUAAACCCUUCACCAGGCUGGAGAGAUACCCGACGCUGCUGAAAGAACUGGACCGACACAUGGAGGACCAGCAUCCUGACAGAGCGGAUCUCAUUGCUGCAAUGAUGGACUUUAAAAGCUUUGCAGCUCAUUGCACGGAGGUGAGGAAGAAGAAGGACCUGGAGUUGCAGAUUUUAACAGAGCCAAUCAGAAACUGGGAGGGCGAUGACAUCAGAACCCUUGGCCCUGUCCUCCACAUGUCGCACUGCACGGUCCACACACAGAACUGUCAGGAGUCAAAUGAACGCUACCUCGUCCUCUUCCCUCACACUCUGCUCGUUCUCUCUGCCAGCCUGAGGAUGAGUGGAUUCAUCUACCAGGGAAAGAUGCCACUAACAGGAAUGCUCAUCUCCAGAAUAGAAGACGGAGAAAACCUGAGGAAUGCUUUUGAAAUAUCUGGGGGCCAGUGUGACCGGAUGCAGGUGGCUUGCAACAAUCAGCAUGAGCUGCAAGACUGGCUGGAUCUCCUCACCCAACACACACACACUCCGGCCGCCCACACCCUGUCACACAAGCAUCUGUCCGUCUGUCACACACUGCCCUCUCAUCCCGCCACUCCCACCAGACACUCAGAGUCUCGGGGAGGGAGCAGUGGACACACCUACCACACCCUUCCCCAUCCCUCUUCAUAUGGGAUCAGUGGAAGCCCAAUGUGGGGGCCCCUGGAGCCGCCAAGUACCCCUAAACCCUGGAGCCUGAGCUGCCUUCGCCCUGCGCCUCCUCUCCGGCCCUCGGCGGCUCUCUGCUUCAAGGAGGAUAUGAGUAAGAGUCCCAAAAACAUGAAGAAACUACUUCCUAAGAGGAAGCCUGAGAGGAAACCUUCAGAAGAAGACUUCACUGUCAGAAAAAGUACAGCAGCUCUAGAGGAGGACGCUCAGAUCCUCAAAGUGAUUGAGGCCUACUGCACCAGCGCCAAGACACGACAGACGCUCAACUCCACCUGGCAAGGGACUGACCUCAUGCACAACCAUGUGCUCGCUGACACCAGCCUCACCGUUGCUGGUUUUCCCGGCAACCUGCCUUGUUCUGACCAAUCAGAGGACUCGGAUUAUGACAGUCUCUGGACCGCCCAUAGUUACAGGACUGCCUCGUUUUCUCGUUCCAGCAGGAAGGAUGUACACAUGUUGUUCCCAGAGGAGGAAAAGAUCAUAGUGGAGGAGACCAGGAGCAACGGACAAACUGUGGUGGAGGAGAGGAGUCUGGUGGACACUGUGUACAGUCUGAAAGAUGAGGUCCAGGGACUCAAACAGGACAACAAGAGGAUGAAGAGGACCCUGGAGGAGGAGCAGCGAGCGAGGAAGGAGCUGGAGCGGGUCGUCAGGAGAGUCCUGAAGAGCAUGGACGACCCGACCUGGGACGAGACGAACCUCUGAGACCAAAUUCUGACUUUUUAAAUGACCAAACGAACUGUUGUUGAACCUGCGUGGACAGAAGCUGCCAAUCCUUCAUUCAAAAUGUCUUCACCGUCUCCACUGGCUUUGAGCUUCACAGUGACCUGUGGACCAAACUGUGGACCAGGAGAAAAUGCCUGCCAGACAUCAGCGAAACCAUCCCAACCGACCGUAAAGCUGUGAAGCCAAAUCAACUGGUAGGCAUGAUGACAUCACUUCCUGUCAUGCUCCUUUACUUUACCAAACAGCCUUCUUUGGAGCCCUGACAAACAAAUCAAUUCUUCUCACCUACUUGUGUAUUUAUCUUUAAUCCAUUGUGCUUAUUUGCAUUACUUAUGAAGUCUCACCAUGCCAGGACAGUAUUUGAUUGACUGGCCGAGUGCAUGAAUAACAACACUACGUGGUUUAGACAUUUCAGACAGACUGAAACUUGAAAAAUACAUUUUUUUCCACGCUCCUCCUCUCAUUGGCAGCAUUGUUUUUGUAUUUAAUGAUAUGUUAUUGAUUCUAACCAAGUGGUUUUAUUUAUUAUACCAAAUGUAGUUUAAAAUAGACUUUAAAUUUACCAGCACGUCUAAGCGACAGGUUGAAGUUAUAGUGAUUAUUGCAGGACAUCAUCAUACAUUGCCUCAUGGGAUAUGCAAAUAUCUGGGGUGAUUAUUUUCAAGAAUAUGAUAUUUUUGGUAUUUUAAGCUUUUAAACCCAGGUAAAUAAACUACAAGUGAGUUCUAACAGAAACAGACAAUAUCAGAGAGAUUAUUAUUAUAAUUUUUGCAUCUACUAGGACAGUUCUUCCAAAUCCGCAUACAAGAGAUUUGUAUGUUGCAUGUAUGUUUUGGAGGCAAAAGGCUAAAGACAAACAGAUAAUUAUUUUUUUUUACAAUUAACUUUUUAGUUGUAAGUGAAGUUAAGACACGUUGUUUUUUUAACAAAAAAACUCACCAACAAGCGGCAAGAUUAAGCACGAUUUUCCUAAACUUUUACUAAUUUAUGUUUAUUUUUUAACCAAUUUUUUUUUUUCUAAAAUUGCUCCUUAAUGUUUAUUUCACAUGGCAUUUAAAGAGUCUUGAAUCUGAAAAGUGGAAGCUGGAGGGAAAGUUUCUCUGAAAUAAACUAUGAAAUAUUUGUAUUUUUUUCAGUCAUAUUGAAAGUUUAAGGAAACUUACAAUCAUACUUGUGUCAAUUUAUGUUGUUAUAAAUAAAGUAUGGGUGUUUCUAUUCUAAUAGAUACAAAUAAAAUCAAGACAAUGGAAGAAAUAAUGCAAAUGACCUCAAAGAUGCAUAAACUAUGCUUUAAAUUAAUGAAAUCCACACUGCCCCCUUUUUAUUGGAAUAAAGUCCUUGGAAGCUAAAUGUAUGUGUUUCACCUGUAGAAGUCAGGGUGUUUUGAGUUUUAUAUAUGUUGAACUUGUUUUUUAAACUUGUGGACCUACUGUAUUGUCAUCUUGUUUUGCUCCAGCUGUCAAUAGUAUUUGGUCAGAAGGAUAAACUAUUAUUACUAUUAAACUGUGUAAUGAGAUACAAUCAAAUACUGCACAGCACUGACACUGAGGCGUUGAUUUGCAAAAGAAAAUAUCAACAUUUUUGAGUUUAUCUUAACUUCAGGAGAUACAAGACCAAAGUCCAAGCAAUAAAACACUGGAAAAUGUUUUUAUUUAAUGAUUUUUAUGAUGUCAAUAUGCAACUUACUGUAGAAUGAUUUCUUAUUUUUAUAUUUGUGUUUUUAUUUGAUUUGAUUUGUAACUUUUUUUCUACUGUCCUUGACCUGUUUGAUCACACUCAAGAUGAUUUGUA